AUGACCGACUUGCUUCCCUUUACACAGCUGUACAUCGAUGGCGAGUUCAAGGCUUCAGCUCAGAAUUCUGUCUUUGACGUCCGCAAUCCAUAUACUGACCAAGUGUCAGGCCGGUCGGCCUCGGCAACCAGUCAAGAUUGCCGUAAUGCUAUCGAUGCUGCCCACAAAGCCCUUCCUUCAUGGGAGAGUACCGACAUCUCGUCUCGUCAGAACAUCUUAUUGAAAGCUGCCGACAUUCUGCAAAGCACGUGGAUGCAAAAAUGCAUCGAAGCCAACACCGCGGAGACUGGUGCCACUCCCGACCUUGGCGCGCUUAAUUGGGUCGUGGGCUCCAGUACCCUUCGGACCGUCGCUGGGAUGUCAGGUGAACUCAAAGAGGAAUCCUUUUCUAGCGCCACUGGCGGGCAAGUUGUUGUGAAGAAACGUGCGGUCGGCGUUGUUUUGUCAAUCGUUCCUUGGAACGCCGCACUGUGUUUGUCCAUUCGUGCUGUUGCAGCAGCGAUAUUUUGCGGGAACACUGUCGUCUUGAAGGCAUCCGAGUACAGUCCUCGAAGCCAUGCUCUCGUUUCGGAACUGUUCCAUGAAGCCGGUCUUCCAAAGGGGGUCCUCAACUUUGUUGCCAUGUCAAAAGAAACAACGCCCAGCUUGAUUUCGGAAAUGAUCGGCAAUCCCAAAAUACGUCUUGUCAACUUUACUGGCGGUGCGACAGUGGCUAGGGCGUUGGCGGCAGAGGCAGCGAAACACCUGAAGCCUUGCAUUUUCGAGUUGGGAGGAAAGAAUCCUUGUAUCGUAUUGAAUGAUGCGGAUGUUGAAGCCGCUGCCAAGAGUAUCGCAUUUGGAGCAAUGUUCAACGCCGGACAGGUUUGCAUAUCGACGGAACGCGUCAUUGUCCAGCGCGACGUAUCCAAGGCUCUCAUUACGGCUGUUGUGGAGCUAUGCAAGAAGCUAAGGGCCGGAGCCCCGAUGCACAACUCGUUACCUGUGUUGUUCAGUCAGGCCUCCGCUGAGAAUGUCAUUAGACUAAUUCAAGAUGCCGUAAAUUCUGGUGCAGAGCUUCUCCUAGGAGACCUUACCAAGGAUGGAUCCACCGUACAACCUCAUUUGUUGACUAGCGUUACCCGCGAGAUGCCUAUCUGGAAACAAGAAACCUUCGGUCCUGUGACUGUUUUUAUGGUAUGCGACACUGUCGAUGAGGCCGUCGAGCUGGCGAACGAUACCGAGUAUUCCUUGGCUGCAGCGUUAUGGACGCAGGACAUCACGAAGGGUAAAGGAGUGGCGGAUAGGAUAUAUUCCGGGUUCACCAACAUCAACGGAUGCACGAUACACGGCGAACCUUCUAUCGAACCUUUUGGGCUAGGCGGUGCCUCCGGGUACGGGCGGUUUGACGUCGAUCAUUUUACUCAAAAGCGCGUUUGUGUAAUUCAUGCACCGGGCGCGAAAUAUCCCAUGAUUGAGAGGCUCAGUGAAAAGUAA